CUUAGUGCUGGUUUAUAAAGCCGCAUCUCCAACUUUUUCUUUCACUUACACAGGCAUUGGUUCUUACUAGCUCUGAUUCGUCUCUCCUCUUCUCUCUCUCUCUCUCUCCUCUCUCUCUCUCUCCCUCUCUCUCUCAAAAUGACAGUUUUCAGUGCAAUUUUUGGUAUCAUAUUCUUUUUACUUCACUCUUCUGGAGAAAGUGGCUUCGGACAGGAUGAUGAAUUUGGAGAUGAGGAACAAGAUGACUAUGACUUUACUUGCUAUAGCCAAUUGCAAGUCUAUGGCCAGCAGCACACACUGACUUGUUCUUUCAAUGACUCAUCAGUCAAUAGCACCUAUUUGGAGCUCAAACUAUGUGACGCAUUUAUGUCUGAUUCACGAUGUGAGAUAAUGAUGAAAAGGGAAAAGGAUUAUUUUAUACAAUCAAGAUCAUUCUCACUGAUUAAAUCUUGUAAGAUGUGUGUGAUAUUCAGAAAAAGUAAGAUGAAUUGCAAAACACUGAAGAUAACCAAAAUAGUUAAGCCUGAAGCUCCUUUUAACAUAUCUGUCACCUAUCGCAAGGCAGCAAAUGAUUUUGUGCUAACAUUCAAUACAACACAUUUAUGGAAGGACUAUGUGAAAGAGUUAAUCCAUGAUGUAGCCUAUCACCAAGAAAAUAAUAAAAACGACUGGAUGCACAUAAGCUCACAAUAUCCUCAGGUAACACUUCUGGAGAGAAAGUUGCAACCAAACACAUCAUAUGAGGUUAAAAUACGGUCACUUCCUGGUGGAAACUUUUUUGCUGGGUCUUGGAGUGAUUGGAGCCCCAGUGUCUACUUCACGACACCAUCAAGACCCAAAGCAGUUUCAGAAGAGCUGAAUUCUCUCAUGGUCAUCAUCAUCAUCAUCACUCUGAGCCUCUUCUCUGGGAUCCUGGGGAUUGUUGUGAUGUGUUUUCUAUGGGAAAAAAGUAUUAAACCGGUUUUGUGGCCCAACCUCCCUGACCACAAGAUGACUCUGGAACAGCUGUGUAGGAAACCACAAAAGAAUUACAACAUCAGUUUCAAUCCAGAAAGUUUCCUGGACUAUCCAAUUCAUAAAGUGGAUGGCAUUCAAGCCAAAGAAGAAGUGGAAGGUUUUCUUCAAGUCCCAAUCCCCCGAGACAUCAAUGUCACAGAGAAGAUUGGGCUCAACACUGACUGGCCAUCUGAAAAUAACAUCAUCCCACCACUGGCUUAUGGAGGAAACUCACCCUCAACUUGUCUGUGUGGGAAUACAUGUGACCUUUCUAUGGUCACAGCCUCAAAAUCACCCAACCAUCAAGAGAAUAGCAAAAAUGAAGCUCAUUUCUGUGGAGGUCUGCUCCUUAACUCCGACUCCAGAAACAAUGCUUUAACAUUCCCUUUUCCACUCAGAAUAGGAGUCUUGGCUCCAAGUCCAACUGCCCAAGAACAACCCAUCAGUGAAAACCUGAGGUUAAGUCAAGAAGACGCAUAUGUCACUAUGUCCAGUUUCUACCAAAACAAGUAAGCCUCAAGAAAUCCAUCAUAUGGACAUCACAGCCAACAAAGAGAACAGAGGGGGUGGCUUGGAGACCCUUUUUCCUAGACUGAAUCCAGUCUCUGAUAAUAAGACUCAAUAUGAAAAGGAAAAUACAACUUUUCUCUUUGUAAUACAUCUACAUUUAUCAAAUUUUGGAUGUUAUUUGUUCUUCAUUCUAGAAGAGGACCAUGACAUUAAGGAGGUAAUACCAGACAUGCAAGUGAAUUGAUUUAA